UGAAUGAACUGGGUGGGGACCGGAAAAACCUGAAACGUAAAGGACGGGUUAGACAAAGUACAUCUUCCAUCGCGAUAAUCUCUUCGAGAUCAGACGCGAAGACUGCAUGAUUAAAGCUGAUCGAGGAUGCCAGCGAGCGUGCCAUCGUUAUUAUUGCUAGUGUUGGUAUCGAUCCUAUCAGUGACGCGUGAACAGAAUGUCGGAAUCAUGUGUAAGCGAUAAUUCUGCGGGCGUAUGCAGACUGUUAGUUGAUUGCCCGCAAGUUUAUCAGGAAUUGUUAGUUGGUAAAACGUUCAAACAGAUUUGCGGAUAUUUUGGUUUUGAUCCGAUAAUGUGUUGCCUAACAACAAAUAUACCAGCGGUCACUACACCGGCGGUCACUACACCGGCGGUCACUACACCGGCGAUCACUACACCGGCGCUACAACUAAAACUUCUAAGUCAAAUGUUUACUCCUCCACCCUAUAUUUGAUACCCGCCCCUCCCCCCCCGUUACACAGGCGCGAUACGACCAUGGUACAAUGCUAUUACACAACUGAUUGUUCGUAACAACUGUUUAAUCCAACAAUCAAACUACUCAAAACUGUUUUUCCAAGAAACAUUAAAUUCUACUAUUAAAAGCACAUACACGCAUAAUUCUAUUUGAAAACCGGAAGCGUUUUCCCCUUGAAUCGCGUAAGAGACACGGACAAACGCUUGUGAGGCGCGAGGAAUCAAAUGGAUAAUUGAGCAGAUUUCAGGAAUGUCAAAAUAAGACGACAUAUUUUAGGGUUUGGAUUGGUUAAAGCAAAAAGGAUAUCUAAAGAAUGAUAAGGAAACUUUUUGUUAAUACGUUUUUGGAGUUUGAACGACAUAUUUUUAG